AUGGUGAGGUUUGCACUCGACGUCGGAACAGAGAAACACUUUGGACCCACAAGGUUGGCGUGCCCUGCCCAGAGCACCGAGGCAAUGAACCAAGAGCUCAUCGCGAGCCAAAUCUCCAUCAGGGCCGUCAAUGUGGCGCAGGUUAGCGACAGCGAUGUUGACAACAGACAAAAGACAGGCUAUCGGAUAGCAGUUUCCAGCCACCGAAGCAGUGAUCAUCGAAGAGAAAUUAAUCGUUUCGGCGUUUGGGAUAUAGGUCGCAUUCGCUCUGGCGUUCACUCGCAGGAACCUCUUCUGCCAUGGCCGGUGGACGAACAACGAGAACUGCAUGAUGCCCAUUCCCAAAUGCUGCGGAUCGCCCCCUUUUCAAUGUCGGGACCGCCCUAUGAAUCAUCAGACUGCAAGCCUUUCCAUAUCUUUCUCACGCGUGGCUCUGACGAACCCUAUCCUGGACGCCUCGGAAACAUCACCAAAGAGAUCUGCGCGGGCCUUGGUGGGGACGACUGCGGUUUCGAGAAUGUCGUAUAUCCUGCUAGAAGCACGGCAUGGGGUGCAGACGCAUGGUGCAAAUCUGCUGGAACGGGAGCCAUCAACGGACAGAAUCAGAUGAAGUCAUACAGUGAGAAGUGCCCAGACAGUAAACUCAUGCUACUCGGGUUCUCACAAGGCGCUGCUGUUGCACAGGAUAUGCUAGGAGGAGGUGGAGGAAAUGUCUUUGAAUGCACACAAGACUCCAACCCAGCUUUGGACCAAGAUAUUGGUAAUAAAGUUGUCGCAGCUGCUACUUUUGGUUCCGUGGUUCGCAACCGUGACACCAACUUCACCAUUGGCGACGGUAAGCCUUUCGACGGCCGCCGCGCCCGCACUCCAGAACAACUCUCCGCUCUUGCAAAAUACUCCGAUGUCCUCUUGGACUAUUGCCACCACGGUGACCCGAUAUGCGCUGUCGGCAGUACCCCCGAGAGCGUCGAGCACCAUCUCGACUACUUCAUCCAGCACAACGAGGAGGUCACCAAGUGGGUCGUCGGCAUGGCCAAAGCGAAUCAAGGAACGACAUUUUCCGCGCAAACAAACUCUUCUACAGAGAAUGCAAAUACUGGUGCCGCUGAGUCUCUAACGAUGAACGGUGGACUUGCUGCUUUCUGGGCUGCUAUCAUCUUGACAUUGCUCCAGUAG